GAAGAUUGUAUGACAAAUAUUAUAAUACUGCAAAACGUUUAAAGAGAACGGGUGAAUUUGUUUAUGAAAAAAGCAAUAUAGGUGGUGAAUCCCCAAAAGCUGAUAUUUCAAACUGUGGAGAAGAAACAGAAAUUGCAAAGGCUCAAGAUUGGCUAAAAAUGUUUACGGAGCCGUGGAAUGACGUGCAGGAAAAUUGGCGAAAGUGUUUUAAAAAACGAAGACAAGAAAUUCUAAGCACAAACGGUACACAAAACAAAAUUUUUGAAGUCUUACAAAAUUGGAAGCUCUUUUCACAUUCAUUGGGGUAUAACCUGAUUCAAAUCGAUUUUAGUUAUUUGCAUCCACAUUCCACAUCCAUCGUCGAUAAAUGGAAGACCUUUAAUCUCAAAAUUAUCCCACUGCUAAAAACAAAGUUGACGGAUCCGGCGCACUUGCAACAAUUGGAAACAAUAAAAUCACAAGAAAAAGGUUCAGAACAGAUCACUGCACUACUGCUUCAUGUUUUGCUGCGUCCAACAAUAAAACGAAAAGCAAAUACCGCAAGAAAGAUUUACCGGUCUACUAUCAAAGAUUCGUAG